UCUGGACAGGGGAAACAACAAGAAGACUGCCAGGACCCUGAGCUUCAAGGAACUCAGCUCCCAGGACAUAGAGAAUCUUGGCUCCUUGGCAUCUUCAGAGCUUCUUCUAUCAAAGCACAGACUGCUGAGGACUUGGGAGUCACUGGAGCUGUGGAAAGAAUAUCAUCUGAGACACAGAGCAAGUGCUUGGAAAAUGAGCAUCAGUGUAGAUCAAGAAAUGGACUAUGCAGAACUGGUUCUCUCUGUAGGGGAAAUCACAUUUGGAGAGAAGAAUAGGAAGUCAAUGAAAGACCCUCAACUGAGAAGAAGAGAGGCCCAAAAGAUCUCACAGGCUGUGUGUACUCUGCUGAAUUCUGGAGGGGGCGUGGUCAAGGCUCACAUCAAGAAUUCCAAUUACAGCUUGACCAGAGAUGGAGUAGGGCUGGAUUUGGAAAAUUCUUUUGGUGAUAUUCUUCCAUUCCCUCAUAAAUACCUACACUGCAUGCAGAACAAAGGCUACUUUUUAAUUUUUGUGAAACCAUGGAACGGGGAUAUCUUUGGUCUGCAUGUCCUCACCUUGAAAACUAAUUUUUAUGUGAGAAGCUUUUCAUUCUCAGUUGAACUGAAAAUGCCUGAUGCAGUGCAGUUCCUCAAAAUCAUGAAGAAUUCUGAACUGAAAUCACGUUUAAGAAACAGUUUGCCUGGAAAAUUGGACUCUGAUGAAAUUCUUGCCACAUUUUUUAACAAGGAAGAGUUGACUUUCAAGGAGACAUUCUGUUUCACUAAAUCCAAACUUGCUGAAGUUAAAAUGUCCCCUAAAAGGAAGAUUAAAAAAAUGAUUUUAGAGAUUCUCCCUAAAACUGUGUCUGCAUUUGCAAACACUGAUGGGGGAUAUUUGUUAAUUGGUUUAGAUGGGGAAAAACAGCAAAUCAUUGGUUUUGAAGCAGAGAGGAGCGAUCUUGAACAUCUAGAGAGUGAAAUACAGAAGUGCAUCCAACAGCUGCCUGUCACUCACUUCUGUGAGGAGCAAGAGCAGGAAAAGAUAAAGUACACAUGCAAAUUCAUCCCAGUCCACAGACCUGGAGCUGUGUGUUCCUAUGUCUGUGCACUCAGAGUGGAGAGAUUCUGCUGUGCUGUGUUCGCUGCAGAGCCCGAUUCCUGGCAUGUGGAAGACAACUGUGUGAAGAAGUUUACUACAGAGGAAUGGGUCAAGCUCCAGAUGGAUGCCCCACCAGGUUGUGGAAGGGGUUUUUCUAGGCGAAAAGAUAAAUGGACCCUUCAAUCAAGCAUCCCACCUCCUAGUCCUUGUCGUUGGUGUGCUGAUGACAUUCCAGAAGCUCAGCAUCAGAGUGCUCAUCUCCCAGUGGGGUCUAGAAAAGUGACAUGCUCUCCAGAAGCCCUCUUCAUGGAAUUCUUCUCAGAACAUGAAAGAUAUGAGGAAUUACUUCAUACAGAGUGGGCUCACUUCGUCAAGGAAUGCUGCUCAUCUCUAAGAGCUGGGCUUUGA